UUCUCCUGCUUUAGCCUCGGCCCUACAAAAUGGCGGCGGUGGCGGCGUCGCUUUGUUUCCGCGGCUCCUGCGGCGGUGACAGUGGUAGCGGCCUUUGAGCUGUGGGGAGGAUCCAGCACCAGCUACAGUGACUGCUAAGACUCCAGUGCAUUUCUAUCGUAAUCGGGUGCAGAGGCGCGCAUAUCGGCGCGCAAGUGUCGCAGAAGCCAACAAGGCGUUCAAGCGAAAACAUGACCGCUGAGCCCAUGAGAAUUCAGCUGUGAAUCCAUCAGGACCUGGGCUUUUCUUUGUUGUGAAAGCAAGUUGAAUACAUUGGUGCAGAAGCUUCAUGACUUCCUGGCACAUUCAUCAGAAGAGUCUGAAGAAACAAGUUCUCCUCCACGACUUGUGAUGAGCCAAAGCACAGAUAAAAUCAGCGGUUCUGGAAAUAACUCUGAUAUGAUGGAAAACAGCAAAGAAGAAGGAACUAGCUCUUCAGAAAAAUCUAAGUCAUCAGGAGUAUCACGAUCAAAAAGGAAACCUUCAAUUGUAACAAAGUAUAUAGAAUCAGAUGAUGAGAAACUUUUGGAUGAAACUGUAACUGAAGAUGCUUCUAAUGAAAACUCAGAAAAUGAUAUUACUAUGCAAAGCUUACCAAAAGGUACAGUGAUUGUACAACCAGAGCCAGUGCUGAAUGAAGACAAAGAUGAUUUUAAAGGGCCUGAAUUUAGAAGCAGAAGUAAAAUGAAAACUGAAAAUCUCAAAAAACGCGGAGAAGAUGGGCUUCAUGGAAUUGUGAGCUGCACAGCUUGUGGACAACAGGUCAAUCAUUUUCAAAAAGAUUCCAUUUAUAGACACCCCUCACUGCAAGUCCUUAUUUGUAAGAAUUGCUUUAAGUAUUACAUGAGUGAUGAUAUUAGCCGCGACUCAGAUGGAAUGGAUGAACAAUGUAGAUGGUGUGCAGAAGGUGGGAACUUGAUUUGUUGCGACUUUUGCCAUAAUGCCUUUUGUAAGAAAUGCAUUCUGCGCAACCUUGGUCGAAAGGAGCUAUCUACAAUAAUGGAUGAAAACAACCAAUGGUAUUGCUACAUUUGUCACCCAGAACCUUUGUUGGACUUGGUCACUGCAUGUAACAGCGUGUUUGAAAAUUUAGAACAAUUGUUGCAACAAAAUAAGAAGAAAAUAAAAAUUGACAGUGAAAAGAGUAGUAAAGUAUGUGACCCCGCACCCAGAUUUUCCCCAAAGAAGAAUAGUUCAAAUUGUAAUGGAGAAGAAAAGAAAUUCGAUGAUUCAUGUUCUGGUUCUAUAACCUAUUCAUAUUCAGCACUAACUGUGCCCAAAGAGAUGAUUAAGAAGACAAAAAAACUAAUUGAGACCACAGCCAACAUGAACUCCAGUUAUGUUAAGUUUUUGAAGCAGGCAACAGAUAAUUCAGAAAUAAGUUGUUCUGUGAAGUUACGUCAACUUAAAGCUUUUAAAUCUGUGCUGGUUGAUAUCAAGAAGGCUCAUCUUGCAUUGGAAGAAGAUUUGAAUUCUGAGAUUCGAGCUUUGGAUGUUGUAAACAAUGAGAAAAAUACCAAAGAACAGAAAGUUGUAGAUUUAAAGCCUGAAGUGAAAGUACGGAAAGGAGAAAAACCUUGUGCUUUGGAAAGAAAGGAUAUUUCAAAGUCAGAAGCUAAAUUAUCAAGAAAACAGAUAGAAAGUGAGCACAUGGAUCAGAGUGUUCCACCAGAGGAACAAAGAGCAAAUAAAAGUACUAGUGGUGAAUCUAAGAAAUCUGACAGGAAAGAAGAGCCUCAGUAUGAACCUGCUAACACUUCUGAAGACUUAGACAUGGAUAUUGUGUCUGUUCCUUCAUCAGUUCCAGAAGAUAUUUUUGAGAAUCUUGAGACUGCUAUGGAAGUUCAGUGUUCAGCUGAUUGUCAGGGGGAUAGUAAUAGUACAGCUGAGCAAGAACUUGAGAAUUCAUCUGUGAAAUUAAAUACUCCUUCAAAAGAUAACAGAGGAGGUAUUAAGUCCAAAACUACAGCUAAAAUGACAAGAGAAUUGUAUGUCAAACUUACUCCUGUUUCCCUUUCUAACUCCCCAGUUAAAGGUGCAGAUUGUCAGGAAGUUCCACAAGAUAAAGUUGGCUCUAAAAGUUCUACCAAAUCAGACAAAUGUGGACUUGGAGAGGAAAACAUUGAUAACGAGCAUUUGGUUGAAAAUGAAGUUCCAUUACCUUUAGAAGAAUCUGAUCUUCGAAGAUCGCCUCGAGUAAAGACUACACCCUUGAGGCGACAGACAGAAACUAAAACUGUAACAUCUAAUUCAGAUGAAGAAAGUAAUGAAACAGUGAAGGAAAAACAAAAACUAUCAGUUCCAAUGAGAAAAACUGAUAAGCGAAAUUCUUCUGACUGUGCUAUAGAUAGUCCUAAACCUAAUAAAUUGCCUAAAUCUAAGCAGUCAGAAAUUGGAGAUCAAAAUUCAGAUUCUGAUGAAAUGUUAGCAAUCCUCAAAGAGGUAAGCAGGAUGAGUCACAGUUCUUCUUCAGAUACGGAUAUUAAUGAAACUCAUAAUCAUAAGACCUGUGAUUUAAAGACUCAACAAGGAAAAGAUGAUAAAGGAAAAAGGAAACGAAAAAGUUCUACUUCUGGCUCAGAUUUUGAUAUUAAAAAAGGUAGAUCGGCUAAAAGCUCUAUAAUUUCCAAAAAGAAACGUCAAAACCAGUCUGAGUCUUCUAAUUAUGACUCAGAAUUAGAAAAAGAGAUAAAAAACAUGAGUAAAAUCGCGGCUACCAGAACAACCAAAAAAAGAGUUUCAAAUAAAAAAGAUUGUGAUUCUUCUGAAGAUGAAAAACAUAGUAAAAAGGAAAUGGAUAAUCAAGGGCAGAAAAGUUUGAAGACUGUGCAGGAAGGAUCAUCUGAUGAUGUUGAAAGGAAACUAGAGAGUGAAAGUUUCUCUUUGGUAGAUAGAGAUAAGACCAUUGUGGAAUUAAGAGACCAAUUUUCUAAGAAGCACCAGCCAAAUAUUUUCCCUGAUGGUGCUGAUAAGUCUUCUUCUGGAAAAGAGGAGAGUUUAAAUUCUCCAGAAGAUAAAAAAGUUGCUGACACUAAAGAUAAGAGCAAGCAUCUAAAAACUAAAACAUGUAAAAAAGUACAGAGUGGUUUAUUUGAUGUCACUGAGAAACUUCCAAAGAAAGAACAGAGUGAUGAAUCUUCUGAAGACGAUAAAAACAAGAGCAAAAAAGGAUCUGACGAAAAAGAAAAGAAAACUGUACACUCAAAAAAAGUGAUUAAAAUAGAACAACAGGAUGAAUCGUCCUCUGAUGGCACUGAGAAAUUACCUGAGGGAGAAGAAAUUUCUCAUUUUCCUGAAGGCAUAAAACAGAGUAAGAAUGAUUCAACGGAUGGGGAAAAGAGAGGUAAAAAACUAAAAGAUAAACUGUCUAAAAAGAAGGAGGAAUCAUCUGAUAAUAUUGGGAAGUUGCCAGGGAAAGGAGACAGUUGUGACUCUUCAGAAGAGAAAAAGAGUAAGACUAGAACAUCUAGUAGAGAGAAGAAAAGGAGCAGCUUGCCUGAGAAGAGUUCAAGGAAGGGACAAGAUUGCUCAUCCUCUGAUACUGAGAAACUCUCCGUGAAAGAUGGUUGUAACUCUUCUGAUCGGAGACUGAAAAGAAUAGAAUUGAGGGAAAGAAGAAGUUUAAAUUCAAAGAGAAAUGCCAAGGACAUACAAAGUGGCUCAUCAUCGUCUGAUGCUGAGGAAAGUUCUGAAGAUAAUAAAAAGCGGAAGAAACAAAGAAGUUCAGCAAAAAAGAAGUCAGUCAUUGUAAAGCAGAAAAAGAGAAACUCUUUGAGAACAAGCACUAAAAGGAAACAAGCAGACAUUACUUCUUCCUCUUCUGAUAUAGGAGAUGAUGAUCAGAAUUCUGUAGGCGAGGGGAGCAGUGAUGAACAGAAAAUUAAGCCUGUGACUGAAAAUUUAGUGCUGUCUUCGCACAGUGGAUUUUGCCAAUCUUCAGGAGAUGAAGCCUUAUCUAAAUCAGUGCCUGUCACUGUGGAUGAUGAUGAUGACGAUGAUGACGAUGAUGAUGAUGACGAUGAUGAUGACGACAAUGAUCCUGAGAAUAGAAUUGCCAAGAAGAUGCUUUUAGAAGAGAUUAAAGCAAAUCUUUCCUCUGAUGAAGAUGGAUCUUCAGAUGAUGAAUCAGAAGAAGGGAAAAAAAGAGCUGGAAAACAAAAUGAAGAGAACGCAGGAGAUGAGGAAGGAAAAAAUCAAGUCAAUUCUGAAUCAGAUUCAGAUUCCGAAGAGUCUAAGAAACCAAGAUACAGACAUAGGCUCUUAAGGCACAAACUAUCUGUGAGUGAUGGAGAAUCUGGAGAAGAAAAAAGGACAAAGCCUAAAGAACAUAAAGACGUCAAAGGCAGAAAUAGAAGGAAGGUGAGCAGUGAAGAUUCAGAAGACACUGAUUUUCAGGAAUCAGCAGUUAGUGAAGAAGUUAGUGAUUCUGAAGAUGAACAGCGACCCCGAACAAGGUCUGCAAAGAAAGCAGAAUUAGAAGAAAAUCAACGGAGUUAUAAACAGAAGAAAAAAAGGCGACGCAUUAAGGUUCAGGAAGAUUCAUCUAGUGAAAACAAGAGCAAUUCUGAAGAAGACAAAGAGGAGGAAGAGGAGGAGGAGGAGGAGGAAGAGGAAGAUGAAAACGAUGAUUCUAAGUCUCCUGGAAAAGGCAGAAAGAAAAUUCGUAAGAUUCUUAAAGAUGAUAAACUAAGAACAGAAACACAAAAUGCUCUUAAAGAAGAGGAGGAGAGGCGAAAACGAAUUGCUGAGAGGGAGCGUGAGCGAGACAAAUUGAGAGAGGUCAUCGAAAUUGAAGAUGCUUCACCUACCAAGUGUCCGAUAACAACCAAAUUGGUUUUGGAUGAAGAUGAAGAAACUAAAGAACCUUUAGUGCAGGUUCAUAGAAAUAUGGUUAUCAAAUUAAAACCGCAUCAAGUAGAUGGUGUUCAGUUUAUGUGGGAUUGCUGCUGUGAAUCUGUGAAGAAAACAAAAAAAUCUCCGGGUUCAGGAUGUAUUCUUGCCCACUGCAUGGGUCUUGGUAAGACUUUACAGGUGGUAAGUUUUCUUCAUACAGUUCUUUUGUGUGACAAAUUGGACUUCAGUACUGCUUUAGUGGUUUGUCCUCUUAAUACUGCUUUGAAUUGGAUGAAUGAAUUUGAGAAGUGGCAAGAGGGAUUAAGAGAUGAUGAGAAGCUUGAGGUCUCCGAACUAGCAACUGUGAAACGUCCUCAAGAGAGAAGCUACAUGCUGCAGAGGUGGCAAGAAGAUGGUGGUGUUAUGAUCAUAGGGUAUGAGAUGUAUCGAAAUCUUGCUCAAGGAAGGAAUGUGAAGAGUCGAAAACUUAAAGAAAUAUUUAAUAAAGCUUUAGUUGAUCCAGGCCCUGAUUUUGUUGUUUGUGAUGAAGGCCAUAUUCUAAAAAAUGAAGCAUCUGCUGUUUCAAAAGCGAUGAAUUCUAUCCGAUCAAGGAGGAGGAUUAUUUUAACAGGAACACCGCUUCAAAAUAACCUAAUUGAGUAUCAUUGCAUGGUUAACUUUAUCAAGGAAAAUUUGCUGGGAUCCAUUAAGGAAUUCAGGAACAGAUUUAUAAAUCCAAUCCAAAAUGGUCAGUGUGCCGAUUCUACCAUGGUAGAUGUCAGAGUGAUGAAAAAACGUGCCCACAUUCUCUAUGAGAUGUUAGCUGGAUGUGUUCAGAGGAAAGAUUAUACAGCAUUAACAAAGUUCUUGCCUCCAAAACAUGAGUAUGUCUUAGCUGUGAGAAUGACUUCUAUACAGUGCAAGCUAUAUCAGUACUACUUAGAUCACUUAACAGGAGUAGGUAAUAGCAAUGAAGGUGGAAGAGGAAAGGCAGGUGCAAAACUUUUCCAAGAUUUUCAGAUGUUAAGUAGAAUCUGGACUCAUCCUUGGUGUUUACAAUUGGACUACAUUAGCAAAGAAAAUAAGGGAUAUUUUGAUGAAGAUAGUAUGGACGAAUUUAUAGCUUCAGAUUCUGAUGAAACCUCCAUGAGUUUAAGCUCCGAUGAUUAUACAAAAAAGAAAAAAACAAAGGGAAAAAAGGGCAAAAAGGAUAGCAGCUCAAGUGGAAGUGGCAGCGACAAUGAUGUUGAAGUGAUCAAAGUUUGGAAUUCAAGAUCUCGUGGAGGUGGUGAAGGAAAUGUGGAUGAAGCAGGAAAUAACCCUUCAGUUUCCUUAAAGCUGGAAGAAAGCAAAGCCAUUUCGUCUUCUAAUCCAAGCAGCCCAGCUCCAGACUGGUACAAAGAUUUUGUUACAGAUGCUGAUGCUGAAGUUUUAGAGCAUUCUGGGAAAAUGGUACUUCUCUUUGAAAUUCUUCGAAUGGCAGAAGAAAUUGGGGAUAAAGUUCUUGUUUUUAGCCAAUCCCUCAUAUCCCUGGACUUGAUUGAAGAUUUUCUAGAAUUGGCCAGUAGGGAAAAAACAGAAGAUAAAGAUAAACCUCUUAUUUAUAAAGGUGAAGGGAAGUGGCUCCGAAACAUUGACUAUUACCGUUUAGAUGGUUCUACUACUGCGCAGUCAAGGAAGAAGUGGGCUGAAGAAUUUAAUGAUGAAACUAAUGUGAGAGGGCGAUUGUUUAUCAUUUCCACCAAAGCAGGAUCUCUUGGAAUUAAUCUGGUAGCUGCUAACCGAGUAAUUAUAUUUGAUGCUUCUUGGAAUCCAUCUUACGACAUCCAGAGUAUAUUCAGAGUUUAUCGCUUUGGACAAACUAAACCUGUUUAUGUGUAUAGGUUCUUAGCUCAGGGAACCAUGGAAGAUAAAAUUUAUGAUCGGCAAGUAACUAAGCAGUCACUGUCAUUUCGAGUUGUUGAUCAACAGCAGGUUGAGCGUCAUUUUACUAUGAAUGAGCUUACUGAACUUUAUACUUUUGAGCCAGACUUACUAGAUGAUCCUAACUCAGAAAAGAAGAAGAAGCGGGAUACUCCCAUGCUGCCAAAGGAUACUAUACUUGCAGAACUUCUUCAGAUACAUAAAGAACACAUUGUAGGAUAUCAUGAACAUGAUUCUCUUUUGGACCACAAAGAAGAAGAAGAGUUAACUGAAGAAGAAAGAAAAGCAGCUUGGGCAGAAUAUGAAGCAGAAAAGAAGGGACUGACCAUGCGUUUCAACAUACCAACUGGGACCAAUUUACCCCCUGUCACUUUCAACUCUCAAACUCCUUAUAUUCCUUUCAAUUUGGGAGCCCUGUCAGCAAUGAGUAAUCAACAGCUGGAGGACCUCAUUAAUCAAGGAAGAGAAAAAGUUGUGGAAGCAACAAAUAGUGUGACAGCAGUGAGGAUUCAGCCUCUUGAAGAUAUAAUUUCAGCUGUAUGGAAGGAAAACAUGAAUCUCUCAGAGGCCCAAGUACAAGCGUUAGCAUUAAGUAGACAAGCCAGUCAGGAACUUGAUGUUAAACGCAGAGAAGCAAUCUACAAUGAUGUACUGACAAAACAACAGAUGUUAAUCAGCUGUGUUCAGAGAAUACUUAUGAACAGAAGGCUCCAGCAGCAGUACAAUCAGCAGCAACAGCAACAAAUGACUUACCAACAAGCGACACUGGGUCACCUCAUGAUGCCAAAGCCUCCAAAUUUAAUCAUGAAUCCUUCUAACUACCAGCAGAUUGAUAUGAGAGGAAUGUAUCAGUCAGUGGCGGGCGGUCUGCAGCCACCACCAUUACAGCGUGCACCACCCCCAAUGAGAAGCAAAAAUCCAGGACCUUCCCAAGGGAAAUCGAUGUGAUUUUGCACUAAAAGCUUAAAGGAUUGUUAAAAUCAUAGAAAGAUCUUUUAUUUUUUUAGGAAUCAAUGACUUAACAGAACUCAACUGUAUAAAUAGUUUGGUCCCCUUUAAAUGCCAAUCUUCCAUAUUAGUUUUAAAUUUUUUUAAAAUAGGGCAUACCAUUUCUCCCUGACAUUUGUCAGUGAUGUUGCCUAGAAUCUUCUUGCACACAUUGGGUACAGAAGAUAUUUCAAAUUGUUUUCAGUGAAAACAAGUCCUUCCAUAACAGUAACAGCUCAGAUUUCCUCUCUAAAUUUUUACGCCUGCUUUUAGCAAACAUAAAAUUGUCAUAAAAUUAAUGAAUUUAGGAAAGAAUAAAGAUUUAUAUAUCCAUUCUUUACAUAUAAAAAUACACAGCUGAGUUCUUAGAGUUGAUUCCUCAAUUUAUGAAAUACUUUUGUACUUAAUCCAUUUCUUGAUUAGAGUGAUUGACACAGUCUUAAUGUUCUUUUGACUGAAGUCUGAAACUGGACUGCUAUAUUGUCUCUUAUGAUUGAAAGUCAGAAACUAAGGGUUAUCUUUGACACAGAAUUGUGUGCAAUAUUCUUAAAUACUACUGCUCUAAAGUUGGAGGAGUCUUGCAGUUAUCUUAGCAUUGUAUAAACAGCCUUAAGUACAGCCUAAGAAGAGAAUUCCAUUUUCUUCUUUAGUCUGCCAUUUUUUAUUUUCAGUUAUACGUGCUGAAAUAAUUACUGGUGAAAUUUCAGGGCUGUGGAUUAUCUUUUCUCUCUCCUGGCACUAAUAUAAAGCACAUCUUUUAACUGCAUGGUGCCGGUUGCUAGUGCUUCAUCCUGUUGCUGGCAGUGGGAUGUGGACUAAGAAAAUCAAGUUCUAGCAUUUUAGGAGGUUCAUGUUGAAGUUGUUAGGUUCACACCCUGUUUUAUAAACAACAUCAAAAUGGCAGAACUGUUGCUGACUUUAAGUUCACAUGAGGAAUGUGCUUUAACAAUUCCCAGUACUGUCAGUAUUGUGAAAUAAUUCCUCUUAAAGAUAAGGAUCACUGGCUUCUUUUUUCUCAUUACCAUGUUCUUUCCCCAUUUCCUUAUGUUUUUCUUUGAUUGAUUUAAAGUUUGAUUCCCCCCCCCCCAGUUUAGAUCUGAGGCAAUUUUAUGAUCCAAAUUACUUUAUCUAACACCCUUUUCUGAGGUUUUACUAAAAAUCAUUACAUUUCUUUUUCAUAAUCCAGGUGUGUAAAAAUGGACUAUAAUUUUGUGUUCAAUUUGGUUGCUUGAGUUUCUUAAAUAAAAAGGUUGUUUUUGACUAUGGGAGUCAACAUGGUAAAACCAUUUUUGAGAUGGUGAUGUAAUAGUAGCAAAGCUAAAGAAUUCCUGUAAAAAGAAAGCUGGGUGGAGGAUUUACUCUAGGUAUCACUGGAUUAGAAUGAAUUUAGCAUUAGCUAGAACUGUUUUGAGUUUUUUGGAUAAUAAAGAGAUUUCCAUUUUUAUCUUGGAAGAACUAGUGGUAAAAUAUCCAAGAACACUAGGUUUAUGAUACAUAAUUUAUGAGGUUGGUGGGUCCACCCCCCACUUUCCCGUGGUAAAAUAUCACUAACAAAUUCCAUAUAUUUGGAGACUAUGCCAGCCAUAUAAUCAGAUUUAUUUAAUUGGGGUGGGAGGCAGACGUGUUUACUUUAGAAAAAAUGAAAAAGACAAGAUUUAUAAGAUAAGUAUUCGAAAGCAGUACACUCUGGCCAACUGUUAUCAAUUGGUAUUUCUGCAAGUCCAGAAUACUCUAAACCUGAUUUACUAGACCUGGGAAUUUUCAACAUGGUCUCUAAUCACUAAUUCAGAGACGUAGAUGUAAAAACAUUAGGCAACCUUUUUCACCUUGGAUGAAGGUAUGACUUAAAAGAUAAUAUACAUAGAAAGAUGAAUAGGAAAUCAGAGUUUGAAAUAAAACUUGGACCACUUUGCAUACACUCUUCUCACUUGACAUUUUAGCUACAUAAUAUGUACUUUGAGUAUAGUAUGAAAUUUUAACAAAUAUUGAAAGACAAAAAUCAAAUCAGUAAAAUACUAAAAAGCUCAUUUUUAUAUUUGUUUUAGAUGUUUUAAAUAGUUGCAAUGGCUUAAAAAUGACCAUUUAAAAUGUUGCUUGUAAUACAGUUUUGCCUGCUAAAUUCUCCACUUUUUGUAACCUGUUUUAUUUCUUUGGGUGUAAAGCGUUUUUGCUUAGUAUUGUGAUCUUGUAUAUGUUUUGUCCCAGUUGUAUAGUAAUGUUUCAGUCCAUCAUCCAGCUUUGGCUGCUGAAAUCAUACAGCUGUGAAGACUUGCCUUUGUUUCUGUUAGACUGCUUUUCAGUUCUGUAUUUAGUAUCUUAAGUACUGUAGAAAAGAUGUCACUUCUUCCUUUAAGGCUGUUUUGUAAUAUAUAUAAGGACUGGAAUUGUGUUUUUAAAGAAAAGCAUUCAAGUAUGACAAUAUACUAUCUGUGUUUUCACCAUUCAAAGUGCUGUUUAGUAGUUGAAACUUAAACUAUUUAAUGUCAUUUAAUAAAGUGACCAAAAUGUGUUGUGCUCUUUAUUGCAUUUUCACAGCUUUGAAAAUCUGUGCACAUAUUGUUUCAUAGAAAAAUGUAUAGCUUUUGAUGUCCUAUGAAAUGGUGGUUCUUUUUCACAUUUAGUUAUUUAAUAUUGGGAGGUGAGGAAGUUUGAUUUUUGAAUCUGUUGUAUACUCAAUUCUGUAAAAGGAGAUCUCUAACCUCAAAAAGAAUUUAAGUACCAGGAAGUCUGUGUGUUUGUGUUCGUUUUGGUUGUCUGUGUGCAAUUCAGCACCAUUUCCUGCUUCCUCACAGCUGUAUUCAAGUCAGACAGAGCUACCAUCUCAUACUUGAUACAAAAACUGCUUACCAUUAGAAGCCAUAGCAGCUACAGGAAAAACAUAAUGUCUGGCCUCCAAAAAAGCUGAAUAUUAUGUAAACUUCUUUUAAUUAUGCCCUUUUUCCCUCUUUCCUCAUAAAGGUUCUUAUUUAUGUGCUCCAAGCAAAACUUUAGAAAUAAUUUCUUCUCUGUCUCAAUAAUCGUUGUUUCUCUUGAGGAUAUCAUGUAGAUAUUUACUCUUACAAUAAAAUUGGUCAAUCAUU